AGUAUAAAAAAGCGCACUCUAAAGAGUAAGUUACUAAUCAAAAAUAUUUGCUUAAUGUUGAUAAGAAUGAAUUUCGCGAUACGGUCGAAUGACGGCUAUCCCCGCGUGUAUAUCAUAGAUGAACCACAACCUUUGCAUAAAUUCAUAUCUAAAAGUCAAAACCAACAUCAGAGUUCCCUUCAAUGUAAAAUUUUGCUUAGGGGAUGCCAACAACCGGUUUUCAUAAUGUGUGAUGUCUACAGCCAAACCAAUCCGCCAGAGUUAUCGCACCGUUACCUUGUGCCAAGAAAUUUCGAUCCUACAAAUUUUGAAGCUUUCCCCAUAAUUUCGCUGCCGCCAACCAAUGAUGUCUUUGCGUAUACAUUGAAAAACUAUCACAUAUACAAUGUGCCAAAGAAGAAGAGAAAACAUUUUCUAAUAUCGAAAUUGAGAAGUAAAAUAAUAUGGGAAUGCCAAUUAGAUUCUCUGAUGCAGGAAGACGAUAGGAUUUUGCGCUCCAAAGUCGAAUAUCUCUACAAUCAUAAUAAUUGCGAUGGAAAGGUCUAUCUCGGAUUUACAGCUUACAUUCGCAAUCCAGACACCAACACCAUGGAAUUAUAUGCUGAUACCAUAUUUUCUCAACCCAUUUACGACAUUAGAAACAGCAUACUUCUGGACCCCUGUAUAGGAAAUGACAUGGGCGGAUCGGAGCAUUUGUUGCGCUUAAACACGGUUAAGCCUUACGUGCCUGAACUCCGGAUAAAACUGUACGACAAAAAUGGCUGGGAAGCCUAUGCUUACGAUACUCGCAUUGACGAAAAGGGGUUUCACUUCAAAAUACCUCCUUUUCCUGGGAAAUGGCAUGAUGUGGAUGAAAAUUGUAUGGUGUACGUGGAAAUAAUUGGUCUCGAAAUAAGCUCCAUGAAAAGGGCUAUUAAGUUUUUAUAUAAACGAAGGUUUGGUUUGCAGUCUUGGCAAAAUGACCUUGGGACCUUCCUUGAGGACAGUGUUUGACUUAGUUCUUGUCAAAAUUUAUCUGCAAAUAGUUUUGUUUUUACAGAUAUUUCAGAAAAUAAUAAGAGAUGAUUUUUUUAUUUAUUUUAUAUUCAUAAAAAACUGUAAUAAUCUAAAACUCAGCGCCAUAAAGGCAUAGUUGAGAUAUGCUGGCAAAAAUAACUAUUCACAAAUAUAUUGUUACGUUUUUACUGUAGACGUUUUACUUUCAAUUAAAACACAUUUCGUUUGCAAUUACUUAACUUCAUAAUGAUUUAUUGAUCUACUUAUUUGCUUUACAACUUGCUAAUUACUGUUUGCUGAUACGUUUGCAAUACGCAAUUUCAGUAAAA